AUGUUUCCCACUCAUCACACGUUUCCUACCAAAGAAGCUCAAGAAGCAUCGCGUCGUCAAUCAACCGCAUUCGAUCCCGCAAGCAAGCCUCUGUUGACCAAGAAGAAAGUCGCCACGCAGGAUCAUACUUCGCCUUCGAUUCCAGCAAUGCAGCAUAUCGAAGACGCCAGCAUGCGAUCUGCCACCAACACUCCUGAGGACAUCGAGCGCCUGAGUGAAGCUUUCGAUGGACUGAACCAGCACGAUCGAUCUUUGACAAAGUUGAGUGAGAGAGUCUCGCUUCUCGAGGAGAAGGUUGACGCCUUGGACAUCAAGAUGGACAGCUUAGGACUCAGAAUCGACGUCCUGACCAAGGAAAUGAGUCAGCUAAGAACCAGUCUGGGCAGCAUUCUGAUGUCCGGACCAGGGACUCCAGCGUCGAGGGUUGUUGGCAGGGAUGUCGGGAAAUUCACGCUUUGGGAGAGGAGGGAGGAGGAAAAGAAGGCUGAAGAGCAAGCCGGGAACGUGAAGAACAAGGAACCUGAGAUCCACGGCCUCAACGGACCUCAGAGCAUCCAUCUCGGCGGCAGGAAGCGCACGAACAGUGGACAUGAGUCUGCUCCGCAGGUCAAGCCGGCCCAUGUUCUUGCGAAGACUUCUCCUUUUCCUCCCGUGUUUGAUGGGGACGAGAAGGCUUGGGAUGAGUACUUUGGUUUUGGACCUGGCGAUGUGCGACCGCAACAUGGAUACCGGGCUGCUUCGAGUUCGACGAUCGCGGUGGUGGGCGGUACGAAGAAGCCUGCGCGGGAUGAGCAAGCUGUGGCGGAGGGUCGGUAUGGUGGACCGCAGGAUCUUGGAAGACAGAGGGCACUGAGCGGGCAUGAGUCUGCGCCGCAAGUGGUUCCUGAUCAUGUGAAGAAAAACAGAGUGGCCAAGGGUGAUGAAGCAAUGUAA